AUGCUUGCGUUAUUUUCAGUCGAAAUACUUGGUGAAGAGCAUCACAAUGCAGAAGAAGAAGUAGCUGGUCGACAACUAUCCGGUGAUGUUAGAUUAGAAAUGGCUAAACAUGCGGCUGAAGUUAGUCCAUUAAACGUAUUCGAAUCCAACGUACGAAAAGCAGAUAACGUACUGUUUAGCGCAGGAAAUUUUACGUAUGUGCCAACAAUCAGUGUAAUAAAAAGUGCUGCCCAAGAAUAUAGACGGAAGGCCGCUCAGAUGUCGCUCGUUCAAAUCUCGGCCGUUCAAACGCCAGUCGUUCAAAUGCCGGUGGUUAACAUGUCCGCCGAUCAAAUGUCGGCCGUUGAAAUGUCGAUCCCGCAAAUGUCGGUCAUUAAAAUGUCUUGUCCACAAAUGCCCGUCGCUCAGAUGCCGCUCGUUCAAAUGUCGGCCGCUCAAACGUCCAUCCGUGAACUGGCGAUGUCGCUCGCUCAUAUGUCAGCCGUUGAAAUGUCGGUCAUUCGCACGUCGUCGCUCGCCCUUGAAAUGUCGAUCCCGCAAAUGUCGCUCGUUCAGAUGUCGGUCGUUCAAAUCUCGGCUCCUCAAAUGCCCGUCGCUCAGAUGCCACUCGCUCAAAUGUCGGUCGUUCAGAUGUCGGUCGCUCAAAUGUCGGUCGUUCAAAUGUCGGCCGUUCAAACGUCAGUCGUUCAAAUGUCAGCGGUUAACAUGUCGGCCGUUGAAAUGCCGAUCCGGCAAAUGUCGGUCGUUCAAAUGUUGGUGCUUCUAAUGUCGGUUCCUCAAAUGUCGAUCGUUGAAAUGUCGGUCGCUCAAAUGUCGGUACGUCGAACGUCAGUCGUUGAAAUGUCGGUCCCUCAAACGGCGGUCGUUGAAAUGUCGGUCGCUCAGAUGUCGGUCCCUCAAAUAUCGGCCGUUCAAAUGUCGGUCGCUCAAAUGUCGGUCCCUCAAAUAUCGGCCGUUCAAAUGUCGGUCGCUCAAAUGUCGGUCCCUCAAACGGCGGUCGUUGAAAUGUCGGUCGUUCAAAUGUCGGUCCUCAAAUAUCGGCCGUUCAAAUGUCGGUUGCUGUAG